AUGAACUUCUUCUCGUUAAUGUUCAUUAUUGUUGUUUAUUUGUUAGAAACUAUUUCAGGGAGAAUAAUAUUUGAUUACAUCGACACAAAUCUUAAUUGGAUUUUCCUAACAAGAUUUUCCUUUCAUCCCGUUCACGGACAUGUUCAGGUCAAUGGCAAUUCGGCAGACAAGGUCAUGAAAGUUUUUAUGUUAAAUCAACAAGAAUGGAGAGAAUUAAAAGACAAUUUGGAAGAUGUUUGUUUGAGAAAAGAACUGAUUUUACAACAAGAAGUCAAUCAGACCAAUUCAUGGGUAUUUUCGUCGACAUUUACCUCUCCUGGUCGAUGGUAUUUCCUGUUAAAGAGUUGUAAUUCAUCUGCGGAUCGAACGGAUUUCUUUAUUACAUAUCGAUUGAGCUUGACAAACGGGGAAAAUGUUUUUACAAAACAAUUUUCCGAUGAUGAACGAGGACUAUUGGAAUUGUACAUUGUCAACACGAUUAUUUUCACAAUAUUUCUAUUGAUCAUUAUUCGAUAUACUUAUUCAUUCAAGACAAAGUUAUCUUUGAUUAUGAAAUUCUUUUCCACGGUGAUUUUAUGUUCGUGGUUGGGUAGUUUAAUUAUGUUUAUUCACACACUUAUCUAUGCCGUAACGGGAAAUCUCCAUGCAUUUAUUCUGCAAUUCUUACUCGUUUUCGCACGACUCUCUGCUUUAAUCGGUCAGGUUUUGUUUCUGCUUGUUUUGAUACUUUGUGCAAAGGGCUAUUGCAUUGUUUCGGCUCAAUUGAAAAAGUCAAGUUUUGUACAGAUCCUCUUGGUAAUCAUUGUAUAUAUUCACGUCGAAAUUGUGUUAUUAAUUCUUUCCAUAAUCUUUGCCGAGCGAGUGUUGGAGAAUGAGAAGGUGUUGCUUAUCUGCGAAUGUUUCGAAAUUGUUUUGCAUAUUUUGACUUGUUUCUGGUUUGUCAUUUCGCUACGACUGACAACGAAACGAUCUGGAAAAAGAUUUGACUUUUUAUUUAUCUUUUCAAUCUGGUUUGUAAUGUACGCAAUCGUCAGUUUAUUGACAAUUCUGGAUGUUCUACCCAAUCCUCAAAUAACAAUCUUGCGAGCUAUCAAACUGAGCAAUCAACUCGCGGCAUACUGUGCUUUUCUGUAUGUUUUACGGAAAAAAACGGUUUUUCUUCGAACGAAACUGAAUCAGAUUAAGAUAUCUUACAUUGACUCAAACACAUCUAAAGUUAAUAGUCAACAAACGGAAGAAAUCAAUACAUAUGAAUUAACAAAUCUUUGUCCUGUUGACUAUCGAAGAAGGUCGAGAUAUCCGUAUGCGUUUCAAUCUUCUAGACAACCUGCUCGACUUGAACCUCGUCGAGAUAUUCAGAUGAAUUCUAUAUAUAAGACUUCGUUGGGUUAUGUUCCACGACGAGUAGUACCUGAUAUUAAGAUCUAA